AUGUUCAAGGAGCUAGUAUUGUGGAUGCAUCAUCUAGCCCACGACUUUUGCUUGGCUCGCCCAAUGGCACCGAUACCUCGACAUGGCUGUCGUGUGCCAGUGAAGAAUGGAUUUUUCGCCAAUUUGAUUUUCUUUGUGGCCAUUGUGACGCCGCUGUACUUUUGCCUGUUAAAGGAUGUGAUCGCCAUGAUCACCAAGCCCAAGAAGCGUUAAUCCUCGCCAGGACACUAUCCUUUUUAAGUCAUAGUUUGGUCAGUCAAUGUAGUAGCUAGUUCAAAUCCCAACCCAAUCAAUACAGUUUGUGGCAUCGUCUAAAUA